AAUAACGGCAACGAAAAAAAAACUUUUUCAUUCCAUACGGCUCACUAACACAUUUGAAUGGUAAACUUUUAAGAUUUUAUCCUCGAUCCAUCAUCAUUAUCAUCGUCAUCAUCGUCAUCGUCAUCGCCAUAAUGAUAAGACAUCGACUUAGUUUGGCCAAAAUAAAAUCUGGUGAGAAAACAAAAACAAUCUAUACUUGGAUCAAAGAAGGCAACUACAAAGAAGCCAUAACCGUAUUGAAUGAUGAACUUUGUUUGAAUCAAAAUUCACGUGCAGCAUUAUCAUUAUUAGCAUAUUGCCAUUAUAUUCUACAAGAAUUUGAACAAUCACAACAAUAUUAUGAAAAAUUGAUUGAAAUCUAUCCAAAUGAACAUCAUUAUUGGCUAAAUUAUACAAAAUGUUUAUAUGAAUAUGGAUCAUAUGAAAAAGCAUUGAAAACUAUUGCACAGUAUUCGGAAAAAUUUCAUAUUGAUGAUCAUGAUGAUGAUAAGAAACAAUCAUCAUCAUAUGAUCGAUUUGCACAUAAUGAAUUGAUUAAAAUUCAAGCUGCAAUCAAAUACACAAAUGAUGAUGAUAAUAUAAAUGCAAAAUUAUUAAUCGAUCAAUUAUCCGAUGAUAAUGGUGAUAAUGUUGUUGAUAAAGAAACAAAUCUUGGCUGUUUAUUAUUCAAAGAAAAACGUUAUGAUGAUGCUAUUGAAAAAUUUCGUAAUGCAUUACAAAUGGAAAAUAUAAAUCUAUCCAAUUCACGUAGUACGAAUGCUCAUAGCAGUAGUGGUGGUGGUGGUGGUGGUGGUGGUGUUGGCCAAAUGAUUAUGAUGGACAGAAAAUCUUCUGAAAUGAAUAAAAAUGGAACGGAUACUACCAUUACUAGUGUAGGUGGCAGCAGCAGCAGCGGCAGUACUACCAAUUCUUCAAUGAUCAAUCAAAUACCUGAUCUGCUUUAUAAUCUUGCCGUUUGUUAUUAUCAUCUUCGACAAUAUUCCGAUGCAAUGAAAUUUAUUGGUGAAAUAAUUGAACAAGGAAUUCGUGAACAUCCAGAAUUAUCUGUCGGUAUGAAUACUGAAGGUCUUGAAGUUCGUAGUGUUGGCAAUACAGAAGUAUUACAUGAAUCAAUACUGGUGGAAGCAUUCAAUCUAAAAGCUGCAAUUGAAUAUCAAUUAAAAAAUUUAGAUGCAGCCAAAGAAGCAUUAACAGAUAUGCCACCACGAUCGGAAGAAGAAUUGGAUGCCGUUACAUUGCACAACAUGGCACUAAUAUCGAUGGAUACAAAUCCAGCUGAAGGUUUUGAAAAAUUACAAUUUCUUAUCGGACAGGAAACAUUUCAAGUGGAAACAUUUGCAAAUCUAUUAUUAUUAUAUUGUCGUUAUGAAUAUUAUGAAUUGGCUGCCGAUUUGAUGGCCGAAAAUGCAUCGUUCACAUAUCGUUAUCUAUCACCAUAUCUAUAUGAAUUUUUAGAUGCAUUGAUCACACAACAAACAUCGCCAGAAGAUGCGUAUCAAAAAUUCGAUGAAAUAGCCACCAAACAUAUGGACUCGUUACGUAAAUUGAGUAAACAAAUUCAGGAUGCAAAAAAUCAAAUCGUCAAAAAUGAUGAUGCAAAUAUUGUGGCAAAACAGAAUGAAAUAAUGAAAAAAUUAAAACAUUCAUUCGAUGAAGUGAUAGAACUUUAUUUGCCAGUGUUAAUGGCACAGGCAAAAAUUUACUGGGAUAUUGAAUGUUAUUCACAAGUGGAAAAAGUGUUUCGAAAAUCUGCUGAAUUCUGUAAUGAAUUAGAUCUAUGGAAAUUGAAUGUUGCACAUGUACUAUUCAUGCAGGAAAAUAAAUUCAAAGAAGCAACCGGUUUCUAUGAACAGCUUGUCAAACGAAAUUAUGAUAACAUAUUGGAAGUGAGCGCCAUUGUACUUGCCAAUCUUUGUGUUUCAUAUAUAAUGACUGGCCAGAAUGAAGAUGCUGAAGAAUUGAUGAGAAAAAUUGAAAAAGAAGAAGAACAAUUAAUUUAUGGUGAUCCGGAUAAGAAAAUAUUUCAUUUAUGUAUCGUUAAUCUAGUCAUUGGUACAUUAUAUUGUUCCAAAGGAAAUUAUGAAUUUGGUAUAUCACGUGUUAUAAAAAGUUUGGAUCCAUAUCCAAAAAAAUUGGGUACCGAUACAUGGUUCUAUGCAAAACGUUGUUUUCUAGCAAUGUUGGAAAAUCUGGCCAAACAGGUGAUUGUUAUCAAAGAUUCUGUACUACAAGAAUGUAUACAAUUUUUAUCAAUGUGUGAACAAUAUGGCCAAAAUGUUAAAGCCAUUGUUGAAGCACCAUUAGAAUUGGAAACAUUACAUCCAGGCAAGAAUACCGUUACAUAUGAAGCACGAUUAUUGAAAGCAUUAUUAUUGGAUUUAAUUGAAAAUUGAAAAUUCCUGAACAAGAGAAAAUUGUGAUUCAAUUGUAAUCAAAUAGUUCAACAACAACAACAAAACAAAAAGUAGUGCAUUCAUGUGAAUCGAAUCCAGGAAUUUGAUUUCACAUACAGAAUUCAGAAUACACACACACACACACACAGCAGACACUAGACACUAGUAAAGACAAACAAAAUGAAUGAUAAUGAUUGAUUCAAUACAAUCAAGUUGAGAAGAAUUUGUCUGUUUGUUGUUGUUGUUGUUGUUACAAUGGCAAAUAGUUAUGGUGUUGAAUCAUUAAAAAUUCGAUAAACGGUCGUUGAAUUUGAA